GAAACAUCAAUAUAUGUUAAAGAUACAAAUGAUACAGAACAACAGUAGAAUAGCUAUUUUGCAGUUCCAUCACACUCGAUCACACUCAUCCAUCUUCACACUAGCUGUGCUGCCUGACCAGUAGAAAUGUCUAACUUUUACUUUGUAUGUUUUUUUGCAAUCUCAAUUGGGAUCUCACAAAGUAGUUAAAAGCAACUUUUAGUGUUAUAGUACGUACAUUUUUUUGUAAAAAUAAAGAUUUUCUUCUUAUCAUGCAUUAGAACACUGAAGUAGAAAAACAUGGUAUGAAAACUCAACUGCCGACUUGCCUUUCCCAACCCACUGACUUUCACUCUCACAGAAGUGCAAACAGAAGCUGUCAGACUCAUGCGCACAGACUUCUAGGUACUUUUCCAACAAUUCGACAGCCCCUCCCCUUUCCUUUUCAGUGCCUCUCCCUGAUGACCAAUGUUUGUAAACCCCAGGCACGUGCGUUUCUGUUGCUAUAAAGGCAGGCAGAUAAAAGUUCAGUCAAACAGAAACAGACAGUUUAACAGAUUACCAGAAGAGUCUAUGGGUCUGACCAGAUCUCAUCGACUACAAUACAUGUGCACAUACAGAAUCCAAAGAAAUGACAGACAACAUGCAUGUAUGGGCCAGGCACUCCCGUCCCUGUGCACUGACCUGCCUGGGUCCUCUGACCUUCCACCCUGGGGCCGUGGGCAAGAAGGUCACCCUCAGCCAUGGGAACUGCAGGGCCUCGAGGGACUUGGAGACCUUCCAUGAUGGCCUAGUGUUCAGCAGUCGCCCGGUGAACCCUAAGGAGAAGGUGCAGAUCAAGGUGGAGCGCAGCCUUUCAGCCUGGCAGGGCGCAGUGCGGGUGGGCUUCACCAACGUGUGCCCAACCACCCGCCCUCUCCCACCCCUGGCCAUACCCGACCUCACAGACAGACCCGGGUACUGCGCUCGGCCGGUUCCUCAUAGUUACUGCCCGCCUGGCACCACGAUCACCUUCUGGAUGACCCGUAAGGGACACAUGGGUUACAAGACAUCCACUGGAAGGCGUGAAUAUACGCACACUGAUUUGGAUUUCACUCUUCCCCUUUGGGCCUUUAUUGAUGUCUACGGGCAGUCGACCACAGUGCUCUUACUCGGUUCUGUAAGGAGGACUUGUAUGGGUAUGGUUAUGAGAAAAUCCUGCCCUGUUCCUCACAGCUUAUUUCAAUGUGGCUAUGAAGACACCCCAGCUCUGUUAAAGAGAAAGAUAGAGAUGGCUCAAAAGAAGAGCAAACCGUCUCAAGAGGACCAAAGCAACAAUGACAACCAUUGGAGAACAGAAUCCAGGUCAGAGGACUUGUGCUCGGUGUGCCAGGAUCGUGAAGCUAGUUUGGCCCUCCGCUGCGGACAUCGCUGCCUGUGUCUCCCCUGUGCCAACAGGGUGUUUGCAGAGUUCGGGACGUGUCCUCUGUGUCGGCAGAGUGUCUAGAAGAGUUUGGGACGUGUCUUCUGUGUCGACAGAGUGUCUAGAAGAGUUCGGGACGUGUCCUCUGUGUCGACAGAGUGUCUAGAUAAGUUUGGGACGUGUUCUCUGUGUCGGCAGAGUGUCUAGAAGAG